AUGUUCGACAGCCAGCCUGAACUCAGUAGUGGCGAGCAAAUCGCUCGCCCGCCACUUUCAACGGUACAUUCGGCCCAUGGGACCAGGACCGAUCUGCUGCAUCAUGGCAAAACAACACCGACUGGCAAGCGCGCCGAGACCGCGCCGGUGGUGUUGUGCCCGGACUCGCCUUCUUCCACGACCAAGCUGCGAGGCUCGAACUCUUUGCGACAAGAAAGCCAAAGCACAAACGCGAACAAUAAGGCAGUAGGCCGAAUGAAGCGGUCAGAGACGUUUGAGACCGGGACUGGGACUGGGACUGGAAGUGGAACUGGCAAACGGCCGCCCUUGGCAAGGGUGCCUUCGACACCGACAAGAUACAUGGAGAUGCUGCUGCAUCUGGAUGAGAUCCCUCGCUUGUACAACAUCUUGGCCAGCCUGGGGACUUGGAUCAUCUUGGCGGGAUUCCUGGUGGUGCCGGGCACGUUCACCACGUUCAAGGAGUCAAAGGCGUUUCAAGAAGCCGACAACGCCGACGGCGGCGACGAUGCGGGCACCGAGGUGACGCAUGCCAUUGUCCAUUCGAUCGCGAAUAUAGGGUUGUUGUGGCUGUCCGGCUCGUUUUGUGUCGCGGGCACGCUGGUUUGUCUUUGGCUAUGGCUCCGUUGGCGGCAUAAUUAUGUCUGGCUGAUCAACAAGAUCUUCAUGCCGGUAACCCUCAACUCCGUCGCAGGAUUGAUCACGACGCUCGUCAACGUUUACACGGCGCAGCAUGGCGUCUGGAGCGUCACGGCAAAGAUCACCGCCAUCGUGACGGGUUCGUGUGUCGGUGUCGCCGGCUUUUUGUUUGGGAUUUAUAAUUUCGGCCUGCUUCGCCGUGUCCAGAAGGUACAUGAGAGAGAGCUGGGUCUGGACCAUCGGCAUGAUGAGGAGACUUUGGUCGAGAAAGUCAAGAGGAAAGCCCAUGAGCCGCCAUUGCAACCGGGGAGUAUGGUUUGA